GGGGUUGUACCUUUCCUUGUCCCCCACCGUGCCACGACCUGCUGGACGUCGUGCAACAUUCAUUGUUCACCGUCAGCGUCGAUGCUGGCGUCCCCAAACUCGUUUUAGUCUUAGCAUGCCCUUCCGCUCUCAAGUUUCCCUUGACUCUGAGACUGGUUCAUCUACCAAGCCCGACUCUAACGAGAAACACCCUCGGGGUAGUAGAGACGAGGACAUGGAUGCGAAGAAGCUGAACUUGGGCACACCCACACCGCUCACACCCAGCGUAUUUACGGAGGCCGUCCUUCCCCCGCCAGUGCAGUCGUCUCUUUCGUCAGGACGCAAGGGAAAGUCUAAAAAGAAUGCACGUAUCGGUGGAGGUCUUCGUAUACGCUGGGACAAGCUACGGCGUAGAAUAGGUACAGGGACCGCACCCUCGACUUCAUCUGCCAUUGAGGAAAGCGUCGCCGAGAGUUCUGGGUUCAACCGGUCUCGAGUCGCUUGCAACGUGAUCACGACCGAAGAUCCUGAUGCACCCGUUGAUGAAGUCGUUGUCGACAGGGAAUGGUCGGAUGAAAUCAAGAGCUCGAGUGUUACUCAUUCAGAACACGGUGGCAGCCCAGAGAAGUCCGGGGGAAGCAAUCAUUUGGCUGGAACAAAUACUGAUCAUGACAGUCUCGCAAUGCACGCCGACGGUUGGGCACCAUGGGUGUAUCUAAGGUGGCGGUUAUGGCCUGCAAUAUAUGCCUUCUUUUACACUCAGUUCCUGGACGAGAGGUCGGAGCAGCAUUACCGCAAGGAGAACUGGUUCUUACGCAAGAACCUUGCAGUGUGGUCAUCUGCCUUCUAUAUCGCAAACUGGGCGUUUGCAAUCGGCUUUAUUCCCAGACCAGUUGUCCUACCAGACAAGAUAUUCUAUUAUGGUUUGGCACCUGCACUGACGUUCCCGAUCGUGCCCAUGGUGCUUUGGGACUGGCCGCGAGAUAGACCUACCAUCUAUCAGAUAUUCUUAGCUAUCUCAACAUGGCAGUGGGGGCUGUACAAUAUUAUCUUCAUCUACGGGUGUGGCCACUAUGGCAAUCGCAUCUUGUUCGAUUGUGGUGGAAAGGAUUUUCUCACAAUAUUCUACUACACCUCAGCACUUCAAACUAUAGCCAUAUUUGGACUCAAGCUACAUCGGUUCCCUGCCAUGAUUGGGGCAGUUUGUUUCUUCGCUCUUUCGUGUGGGCUGAUCCUUCCUCUUCGCGCAUUCUUCAUCCGCAACAUUAUCAACUUCGUGUUCUUCCAAGGAUUCCUACUUUACGUACAUUAUAUGCGUGAACACGCGGAACGCAGGAUGUAUACCUUGCGUGAUCAACUCAAGGUUCAGUUUAGGGCUACACAGAAGGCUCAAGUGAACGAACGCAAAGCGGCUGAUUCGAAACGACGGUUGACUUCAUAUGUCUUCCACGAGGUCCGCGUCCCGCUCAAUACAGCUCUGCUUGCGGUGCAGAAUAUGGAAGCUUCUGGGACGGUUGCUAAAGAGCAGGAUAUCGAGUUUAAGGCGCUGGAAGGUAGUUUGAGUAUGAUGUCAAAAGUGCUCAAUGAUGUUCUGGACUUCAACCGGAUGGACAGUGGUCGGUUCGAAAGCGUUCUCAAGCCCUACUCUUUUCAUCAAGUUAUGCGUUCACUGUUCGUACCUCUACAACUUGCAACAGAUGCUCGAGGUCUGGAAUUCGUCAUCGAUCUGGAUCCGAACAUCGACGAUGUUGCGAGGAUAGCGCUUUACGAAGCUCUUGGUAUGAGCAAGGAAGCAAUGCAGCAACGUAUGGCCGAAAGGCCGGAUGAAGACGGAAUCGUUGUUGGAGAUGAGACAAGGUUGAGACAGAUCAUUACGAAUCUUGCGAGCAAUGCGUGCAAGUUUACCCCCACAGGCGGCAAAUUAGUCGUAUCAACCCGUCUUCUCCUUCCCCAUCUCCCACACCGGCAUGAAUCGACAAAUGUAGCAGCAGAACUGCCGAAGGACUGUUCGGACUUGCUACCUUCAGGUGCUCCUGCGUCUGCUUCACCAGAACAUGCCGACUGUCCUGACACGACUUCAUCUCCGAGGCAUCAGCAAUUAUCCAUCAACCAUCUGACACAGCACAAUUUCAAUCAUUCCAAGCCUUCACCGCUGGAAUGGAUCGUGGUAAGGAUCGAGGUGACGGAUACUGGGUGUGGUAUUAGGCCGAGAGAUAUGAAAGAGAGUAAACUAUUCUCGGCGUUCAACCAAACCGAGCAGGGCCGACAGCAAGGUGGAAAGGGAACUGGUCUUGGUCUUGCCCUUGUUCGGCAGAUCGUCAAACUUAGUGGCGGAAGGCUCGGAGUCCAAUCAAAAGUGAAUGAAGGAUCCACAUUUUGGGUCGAACUUCCUCUUGGUGUUGGUGUCAAAGCUGUUCCUGGUUUCAACCUAGCCGGAACUUCACGGUCGUUGGACCGCGAAUUGUUGACAAGAUCGGGGAGUAGGUCGAGAAGGGCUGAUGUGGACUCGUCGAGGAACAAUGCCACAACUUCACCGCCAAAUCAUAGCAGAGGUUCUAGCUCGAGUGAUACCCCUCAGGCGCAAUCCCCGGCUUCGAGGUCAUCUUCAGCCUUGCAGAGUAUCAUGGAGCAAGGUGGUUUGGUUGAGAUGUCAACAAGACGUGGGGACUCCUCUGUACCUACGCGGACAAUAGGCGAUCCUUCCACAGGUACAGACCCAACACGUGCGCCGGCCAAAGAAGAAUGUUCACCUUCGCCUUCGCUGGCCGAACGUCGCUCAGCUCCUUCUGAGCAAUCAACAGAAACGAUCAAACCUCCAAAACAUCUCAAACUACCCAAACCGCAGCGGUUCUCCUUGGACGAUCCAAUACCUGACGUCUCACCCUCAGAUUCCGAUGCAACGAACACCAACAACGUAAUCUCAAAUGCCGCUUCAAAUACAUCCGCCCAUUCCCCACAUCCUUCUCUCGCUUUCGAUCCUGGUCUGAGAGUGUUGGUCGUCGAUGAUGAUCCCCUCACACGAAAACUCAUGUCACGGAUGCUCACGCGGUUACGCUGCAAAGUGUCUACAGCAGAAAACGGGGAGAUUGCCUUGGAAAUGAUCUUGGGCAUGGGCGCGAGGCCUACGCCGUCUUCUGAAGAUACGGGAAGUGGAGGGUUCUCGCUCGAUACCUCUGAAGAGUACCGAUUCUCCAUUAUUUUCUUGGACAACCAGAUGCCCGUGUUGUCGGGUUUGGAGGCAGUUGCGAAGUUGCGGGCGAUGGGUAGACGGGAUUUCGUUGUUGGCGUCACUGGUAACGCUCUCCUGACCGACCAGCAGGAGUAUCUUGAAGCUGGUGUCGACCAUGUUCUUACAAAACCGGUAUAUGAAAAGAGUCUGAAGGGCAUGCUUUCUAUCGCGGAUGACCGCCGAAAACGAGGAACUCCAGCCUCCGAACGUCCCGAACCAUCAAUGCCCUCUUCUCCAAUGUCAUUCUAAAUGGACCCUGCACGAUCUUCUUUGCUCAUUUAUGCAUUGUCUUUCACGUUCUUUCAAUGUAUUCAUGUCCUACUCACGCAUUUGUCUUGGAUGGAGAGGUUAUUUUUUCUGGUUUAGAUAUGUUUUGUUUUGGAUUUCGUUACCUGUAUGUUCAUAUCCCUGUUUUGUCUCUCUGGUGCUUUCGUACGAGUUAUGGACGUUUUCCGCAUGCAUUCACCUGGGUUCUGUCAGCAUACCAUUAUACCUCUGCAUGUAAUACAGACAUUGUACUUCUUCCAUCCAUCACUACUUGCAAUACCAACCCAAUACACGAUACGAUAUUGCGGAGCUUUCACUCGAGACCACACUGCACAGUACAGGCCUGCAAUUGAG